AUGCGCAAUUCUGAGACCCGGGGCCGGAGCUGCGUUCUCGAGCUUUUUGGAACCGCUAAAUCCAGACUGGAACCGGGAGGAAGCGCUGGCGGCGGCGGCGACUCGUUAAGAAGAGAGUGGCGGCGGAGCAGCAAAAGGGAAAAAGCAAAAGCGAGCAGAGCAGCCCCGUGGGUGCUGGGCGGUGAGUUUGGUAGAACGCGUCAUACCUCUGGGCCGUGACGUCAGAGCACUAAGGGUGACGACAACUCUGAGUGAGUGACGUGGUCGUGUGGCGAGCAGGGAGGGCCGCGGUAGCGCCCUUUCCCCGGGGGAGCAUGCGUCGUGGGGUCGGCAAGUUGAGGCUGGGGGGGCGGGAGGAGUCCCGAGUGGGCCAGGACGGAGGCUGGGAUUGGCUGGAAAGGUAGGCAAACUGUAUGAGGAGCGGGGCUGGGACUGAGUGGCAGGAGGAGGAAGAGGAGGCCUGUGGGUUUCCCUAAGGCCUUCUUUCCCCGUCCCGCAAAGUUGCAAAGGUAAACACAGCAGCAACUCGAAAUACCUAAAAGGAAACUUGCGGCAGCAGCCAUGGGCUGGUAAAAGCAGUAAAACCCACGCCGGGUAUUUGGGGUGCUUGACUGAGUGGCAAAGAAACGGGGGCUGAGGUCAGUAGACUGCUGAGCUGUGUGCAUGGAAGAGGGAGAAACAGUAGUGCUGUUUUCUUGAGGGGGCCCUUUGGGGUAUAUUUGCCAGGGCUUGGUGUGGGAGGUGAACAGGCGAACAUUUGGAGCCAAGCAGGGAGCAUCUGGGGCCUGAAUUCCCAACUCAUGUAAUAACAAGGUGUUAGGGCUGAGGGAAUAAAAAUCAUAGAUGGUGUUGAGCUAAGGGAAGGAGGGGUCCCAUGAGUUGCUCAUGCCCUAAGGCGGUUGUAGUGGGAGCAGGGAAGUGCUGGCCCAAGACAGUUUGGCACCUGAGACAAACCACAAAAUGGCACAAAGCUGCCCACAAGAGAAGAGGUGUGUGAAGAUCUGCAUCAGGAACAAGCGGAUAAAGUUCUACAUCGGGAAUGAGUGGGAGGAGACCAGCAGUGCCUCCUAUUCACCAAGAGGCCACUGCAGAGGGAACAUUGGGGAGGGGCAGCAAUGCAUUCCUUGGGGACUGGAUCUGCUGUCCCUGUAGACCCUGCCGCCUGAGGUGGCUGCCCCAACUUGCCUCAUGGGUGGGCCAGCCCUGGAGUGGGCCUUGGCUGGUAAGACAGAGAGGUAAGUCACUUGGGGUUCAUGAGAGAACAUCUGAGGGCAUUUUGUUUUCUUGUAAGGGACUGGCAAUGUUCUCUGGGACUGUGUGGAAAUGUGCCACAUAUUUUUUUUGCAUAGGAGAGGGGUAUAAUGGGUUAGUUUGAGGUUCCCUCAACUGAUAGGGUUCACAUGUUAGCUUUUAACAGGCCUCUCUUACCUUGUUUCUGAUGGGGAUGGGUGUGGCCAGGGCAGGAAGAUAAAUCAGGGGUGUUUUUAAACCUAUGAGAGCAAAGCUCUCCGCUAUGCUGACCAUACAAAUUGUCCCAAGCUGUAAUGAAUGAUACAUGAUUUCAAUGACUGCACCAGCAACUAUCCUUUCUCUUGAAUGUGGUGUUUUCUUAUCUAGUAAUGACUUUUGAUUUCCAUUGAAAUUGCCAGUCAUCCUCUGAACUUAAUGCUAAACAGAGGGCCACAUUUUUCUUUUACUAGACGCUGUUGGAAGUGGCUUGGAAGGUGACUUACAAUGA